AUGAUAAUUAAAGAAAUUAUUGAUGAACAGGGGGAUCCUAAGGUAGUUGAGAAUGAUGAACCACAAAGUGACCCAUUGCCUACCUUGAAGGUUCCUCCCCCAUUCCCUAAAACACUAAAAAAGAAGGAGGAUAAUGUCAAAUUCAAGAUGUUCCUUUAUAAGAUUAGCAAUCUUUCAAUUAAUAUCCCAUUGCUAGAGGCCAUUCAAGAGAUUUCAGGAUAUGCUAAGCUAAUGAAGAAGUUGAUGACAAAGAAAUAUCUUGAUUAUGGUGAAACAAUUGAAGUUACACAUGGUUGUAGCACUAUCAUGACUAGUGCUAUAGAGGAAAAGAAUGAGGAUCCCAAGGCCUUUACAAUACCUUUCACCAUAGGGACACAAAAGUUUGAGAAAGCCUUGUGUGACCUUGGAGCAAACAUCAAUUUCAUGCCCUAUGCAAUCUAUCGAAGACUUGGUUUGGGCAUUCUUUCUCCAACAACAAUGAGGCUUUUGAUGGUGAACCUGUCUAUCAAUAUAUCGGUUGGAGUUUUAUUUGAUGCUUUUUUGAAGGUGGAUUGA